UGUUCGGUCGGGGAACGGUCUGCUAGAAGUGUCAAAUCGUAAUGUUGAUGUCGGGAUUAUUAGGUUUUGAAAUUUUUACAAACGUGAAGUGAAUGUGUUUCCGGAUAUAAAGUGCGUACCAAAAACAUUCAAGGCCUGAUCAGUCGUUUUAAAUGUUAAAACCAAUGGAACGGUGAAGUGAGAUUGUGUUGCCGUGAUGCGUGGCGUUGGUUAUCCAGGGACUUGUGUGGCAGACCCAACCCAACAUGCGAGCGGCUUCUAACCGACACCCCCACAACGUCUGGAAGCACAGCAAAUGGCGGACAAAACUAAGAGUCAACAGAUGAAGAACAUACCUCACUUAGAUGAUUUAGGCUUUCUACCAUCCUUAUUGUAAUAAAUCUAGGUGUAGGUCUAAGCUGUUAGGUAACAUUUUGACGAAUAAUAUCUAGUGUUAUUAGGGAAGUGAUUUUUAAUAUUUUUUUAGAAACAAAACAAAGUGAAUCUGACACAGGAUGGUUAAAUAAAGUUACAUUCCUUAGCUAGCAGAAAGUGUUGAGUGUCGGAAAGUGACUUUUAUAGUGCUUUUUAUGUCGGUAUUGUACCUGAAGAAAGUUUUAUUCGUGAAGGAAAAUCUGCUUCGAGGCAAUACCAAACCUAUUUUUUUUAUUUAUUUAAAUUAAUAGGUGCAAUCCAACAAAUUGACAUAAACAUCAAUUUCACAUGCGCUUUUGGGUGAUCAAUAUUUAAUUCUGAAUCGGUAAAAUUUAAAUCAAAACCUUUUUUACAAAGAGUUAGGCUACUGUUCAGUGCUUUUGUAUUUAGUUGAUAUAUUUAGGUAAAAAUUAUUUAAAUAACCAUUAGCACGCAGACUUUAAAACCAAAAAUGCCUCGUCAUAGUGAUAAAACAUCGUUGUUGGGAAGCUCGUGGCAAAGUGCGGGUGAACGAAACGUCCUUGUGUUGAUGAAUGGUGUGCGAAGGACCGGGGGGACAAAUAUCGGAAUUAGAAGAUGUUUUUUAAAACAAAUGACUGUGAAAAGAUGUGUAGCAGGAUUACUAGUGCUGAGUUUGCUGUCAAUUUUAUACUACACCCACUACCUGAGCUCGCCUUUUGCAAGCUUCAUCACCCGAGAUUCAAGGCCUCAGUCGUACAUCCGUUGCUCAGUGCUGGAUGGAGCUACUCGACUGCCACAGGUGUCCAACAACCACCGCUCGGCUGCUAGGCUGCGGAUAGACCCUAAGGUGCUAGUUUUUGUGGAGACUACGUACUCAAGACUGGGACGAGAAAUUGCAGAGCUUCUCGUCUACAACCGAAUGAAGUACAAAGUGGAAGUGGCAGGCAAGUCAUUGCCGGUGCUCACCAACCUUGACAAGGGCAAGUACGGUGUGAUUGUGUUCGAGAACCUCAACAAAUACCUGCAGAUGGACAAAUGGAACCGGGAACUAUUGGACAAGUAUUGCCGGGAAUACAGCGUCGGCAUUGUGGGCUUCGUACCCCACAGUGAGGAGACCCUGGUGGGGGCGCAACUACGGGGCUUCCCCCUCUACAUCCACACCAACCUCAAAUUAAAGGACGCAAUGUUAAACGCAGCGUCUCCCAUACUGAGGGUAACUCGUGCGGGCGAAACUGCUUGGGGUCCUUUACCAGGUGAUGAUUGGACGGUGUUUACCGCAAACCAUUCUACUUACGAACCUCUCGCCUACGCAAACAACAACAGCCAAGACUGGCUCGGGGACACUGAUGAGAACGGACAUCAAACCCCUCUCACUACAGUUAUACAGGACCACGGCAGACUGGAUGGUAUACAGCGGGUGUUGUUUGGAGCCGGACUGAGGUUCUGGCUGCACAGGCUGUUGUUUCUAGACACGCUCAGCUACCUGAGUCACGGCCAGCUCAGCAUCAGCCUCAGCAGACUGUUGUUGGUCGACGUAGACGACAUCUUUGUGGGGGAGAGGGGAACGAGGCUGCGACGGGAUGAUGUUAUGGCUCUGCUUUCUACCCAGGAGAGAAUCAAACAAUUGGUUCCUGGAUUUCGCUUCAACUUGGGCUUCUCGGGAAAAUAUUUCCAUCAUGGAACUGCCGAAGAAAACCAGGGAGACGAUAUGAUUCUGGAGAACGCACACAAGUUUACAUGGUUCAGUCACAUGUGGAAUCACCAGCAGCCACACCUGUACGACAACCAGACUCAACUGGAGGCAGACAUGACUCUGAACAGGAACUUUGCCAAGGAGCACGGCAUCCCUGUGGACUCUGGAUACUCCGUGGCUCCCCACCACUCCGGAGUGUAUCCGGUCCAUGAGCUGUUCUACUCAGCGUGGAAGAGAGUGUGGAACAUCAAAGUAACGUCUACAGAGGAAUAUCCUCAUCUGAGACCUGCCAGGCUGAGAAGGGGCUUUGUACAUCGGGGAAUAAUGGUACUUCCUAGACAGACCUGUGGGUUGUUUACACAUACUAUCCUGAUAGAACGGUAUCCAGGAGGCAGGGAGAAACUUGACGAGUCCAUCCAGGGUGGUGAACUGUUCCAGACCAUAGUAUACAAUCCUGUAAACAUCUUCAUGAGUCAUAUGUCCAACUACGGCAAUGAUAGGUUAGCUCUAUACACGUUCGAGUCAGUCAUCAAGUUCCUCCGAUGUUGGACCAACUUGAGGCUGUCGUACGCCCCUCCGCUCCAGCUCGCUGAGAAAUACUUCCAACUCUACCCGGAGGAAGCAGACCCAGUGUGGGGGAACCCAUGUCACGACUCUCGUCAUAUAAAAAUCUGGUCGCACAACAAGUCUUGUGAUCAGUUGCCUCGGUUUCUGGUCAUCGGGCCGCAGAAGACAGGCACCACUGCGCUGUACACCUUCCUGUCUCUUCAUCCCAACAUCUCGUCCAACCUGCCAUCGCCCGAGACUUUUGAGGAAAUCCAAUUCUUCAACGGACGCAACUAUUACAAAGGACUCUCGUGGUACAUGGACUUCUUUCCAGCAGUGAAAAACACGACAGCCCAAUAUCUGUUUGAAAAGUCUGCCACCUACUUUGAUGGUGAACUUGUGCCUAAGAGAGCACAUGCUCUCCUUCCUGGUGCUAAAUUGGUGACAAUAUUGAUCUCACCAGCCAAGAGAGCGUACAGCUGGUAUCAACAUACCAGAGUCCAUAGAGAUCCCGUGGCUCUCAACUAUACUUUCUACGACAUCAUCUCCGCCUCGGACACGGCCCCUAAACAUCUCCGUGACUUGCGCAAUCGGUGUCUGAACCCUGGCAAGUACGCACAACAUCUAGAGCGAUGGCUAACCUACUAUUCUCCUCAGCAACUACACAUCAUAGACGGAGAUCAACUGAGGUCGAACCCCAUCCAGAUAAUGGAUAGUCUACAGAAGUUCCUCAAGAUCACUCCCUUCUUUGACUACUCCUCCCAUCUUAGGUAUGAUCCGAAGAAGGGAUUCUUUUGUCAGGUGCUCAACGACGAUCACACAAAGUGUCUUGGCAAGAGCAAAGGACGUCUUUACCAGCCAAUGGACCAGCAGUCCUACAAGCUGCUUCAGAGGUACUACUUGUCACACAACACAGCCCUCGUCAAGUUGCUGAAGAGGCUAGGUAUCCGCACUGUGCCGCAGUGGCUCAAAGACGACCUGAGUGACACCCUGCCCACCUGACAUUCUGCAGGACGCUGGCAGCCUAAUGUUGCUUCACUGUAAACGUCAUGGACAAUACUUUCACCAUAUCAUUCGGCCCUCUCAAAACUUAUUUUUAUACAAUUUUAUCGCAGCUGCUUUUAUCUUAUCUUAACAUUUUAUUGAUUGUUUAAAAGUAAUUAUUUUUAUACCAGUCUUUACAUCAAGCUUAUACCUUUUUGUGGUGUUAUUUUCAUAUUGUUUAUGUCUAUACACAUUUCUUAUAUUUGUUAAGUUUUAAUUUUUACUACACACCUGUGAUAUUUUACGUCUUUGUCAAACUUUUUAUAUUUGAUCUUGCAUGUUUAUAGUUUAACACCUGCAUGAACUUUGGAUUUUAUUUAUGACUAAACAAUAUUUUGCUAGCCUCUUUAUUAGUUUGUAAAGGUUUUUUGUUGAAACAUGUGUAUGAAUUUGUGGCUCUAAGGUUAAUUUAGGGAAUAUUUUUAACUCCCUUUAUUUUUAAAUGACAAAGUAGUAGUGUUUUGUUUUGGAGCCAUUUUAUAUGUUAGAAUUUUACACUGGUGAGAUUAAUUUUCAGUUAAUCUCUAAACCGAGGGCCGAUCAGACCAACUACUAGUCUUUAGCAAUAUUUCCCUGACUUUUAUGAGUUGUAAAUAAACUCUAUCCUAUUCCUGCCAUGUUCAUUGUUAGUCGUACACAGCUAUUUAUCUUGGACACUAUUUGUAUGGUUGUUUUUGACUUGCGUGUAAAUAUUUAUAUAUAUAAGGAAGUUUCAAUGUUGGUCGUCGUGUAUUAUUUCAUUUAACUCACUGUUGGACAGUAUUCAGCCACAUGAGAAUUCCCGGUGCAAAAUUAUGCGUCAAGAAUACUUGUAUUUUAAUUUUCAAUGUGUAAUUUUAUUGCAUUUAGUAUCUUUUUAAUAUUUAAAUUUUGUACUUAAUUAUUUAAAAUAUUUUAUUAAGCAUGAAAAAAAUUAAUUACAGUUGAUGUAAAAAACUAAUUUUUAAGUUUUCAUUACAUUUGCCUAUUUUUACUAUUUACAUGAUGUUAAAUCAGCAUAAAUGAAUACUGCCCAAUCAAAAACUGAUCCAGCACAUAUUAGUUGAGGACUAGAAAUUAUUUUUUUGUACCUGAACAAACUCCCCUACUUUUCACUCAGACUCAAGCAAAUUUUGUGCCAUACUUUUUAACAGGUUCAUAAAUUCUUUAGUUUUGAGAUCAUUUAUAAUGUAAGCUUCCAGUCCAAUCUAGUGUUAAAAAUAUUUAUAUUUUGUUUAGAUUGUAAUUUUUAUAAGGUAUCGAGGGAAUUAUUUAUUAGACCCUAAUGAGAGUUGUAUUUAAAUGCAAUAAAUUAGUAAUUUAUGUUUAAUAUUUCUUUAUUGCCUAUAGAAGAUAUUAAUCCACGGAUCUAAAAUUUUGUUGUUAUACAGUAUAUUUCAGCCGGUAUUGUUUUUAAAUGUUUGUAAUAGUUGGAUUACUAGACAAAGUUUUAUAAAAUAUCAUCCAAAUUGAGUGAUGAGUUGUUCAAAUUCAAGCGAGAUUAGGUAAAAUGUUACUUGACAUUUUUAUAAAGCCCUUUCCUAAAAUAAAUUUUAAUGUACAUACUAAUUGAAAUUUGUUGUUGCUGGACAUGUUUUAUUGUAAUGUUCCAGAUAGUAUUGCAAUUUAUGUAAAAAUGUCAAUCUGUUUGACUGUACAUAAUUUAAUAUAAGAUUUAAGAACUUAGACCGAGCAGUGGCAAAAUGAAGAAUAGAAAUUAAAGUAAAAUUUUCAAAAUUAUGUUCUGUCGAUUUGCAUUACGUCUUGAAAGGUUUUAUGGGAGGUUUUCUUACUGUUGAAAUGUAAUACACACUUUUAUUUUUAACACCCUCUGUCUUUUAGUAUAUUGUUUUUGCCAAUUUUUCACAAUUGAUAUAAAUGUAAAAAAAUUGUUUGCUGCUUCUACAAAAACCAUUUUUUUUUUUUUUUUACCUAGAGCAUGUACUAUUUCUGUCGCUCAAAGAAAGGCAAUAUAAUAUUCUACAGAAGUAAUUUUGCAUUUAAAAUUAAAACAUUUAUCUAGCAUUUCAUUUAUCUCGGGGUGAGUUUAAGCAUUUGAGCAUUCAUUUUUAAUUACUUCUACAUUUACUAUGGUAAGGUUUGCAUGAAUACAGUACACUUCUUUUCUGAUGAAAACAAAUUUUAAACAAUCAGAAUUCAACAUAUAAAGAUAGAAUGUGUUUCGUUUCAAACAACACAAUACGUUUCCAAAGUUAGUAAACUUAAGUGCUUUAGUGAACGGUAAAACCGUGUUUACAUUAGACUAGUAGGCAGGCAAGUUACCUGCCUCUAAUGUAUUUCAAGUUACCUGAGGCAUGUAACCUGCCCACCAACUGGAUUCAUGUAAACGUGGCUUUAGGAAUACAACAAUGACAUCUAUAAGUACCCAUCAACCUUGAAUAACUACCAAAAUCAUGACAGUGGAUCAGCUAUCCAUUUGCCAAGUAUACAUCUUGUUCUGAAAAACAGAUAACUUUUUAAUUUGUACGUAAUUACAGCAUCAAUAAGAAAAAUGACAAAAGCUUUCAUUAGAAUUUUCUCUUCAGUUCUUAUUUUGUUAUUAUUUUAAGUUAUUCUAAAAUACUAUUAAACUUAUUGCAGUUUGAGUAUAACCAUUGACUAUUGUUAAUAGUCAAAGGUAUAACUUUUGCCACUGUAGUUGUACUGGUUGAUGUUAUCUAUUACACGUAAAUUUAUUUGUAUUAAAUUAAGGCAGCAGGAAAAUCUCGCUCUUGUGUUGGGCGAAUUAAAUAAAAACUAAAUUAAAUUGAAACGUCAAACACGCUCCUAUAUGUCUUUAUUUUUAUAUAAUUUUUGUUGAUUUAAGUAAUUAUACAUGUUAUUAAUAUAAGAAUCAUAAAUGUAAAAAUAAAUCAUCUAACAUUUUA